UUUAACUCUGUUUACCAAAGAGUUAUCUCAAAAGUGCUGAUAGAAGCAUGAGAUGAACAUCUUGACAAGAUAUGAAUAACAAAUUCUAGAAUAGGAUGGGGGGAAGUAAAAAGGACAAACGAGAUAAAGGAGAGAGAUCAUCGAAGAAGGCCAAAGUCGUUGAAGUAGAAUAUGAUGACUUUGAUGAUGAAUCCCAGGACACAGAUAAUGUCAAAGACAUUGCAACAGUUGCAUCAAAGCAGGUGGAAGAGAGAAGUGCUGAAGAUGAGUUUGGAGCCAAAGAUUAUCGCAAGAUCCUUGAACUGAAGCUUGACCACAAUUCGAGACCCUUGUGGGUGGCACCAAAUGGCCAUGUGUUCCUGGAAUCGUUCUCCCCUGUCUAUAAGCACGCCCAUGACUUCCUCAUCGCCAUAUCUGAGCCGGUGUGUCGACCCCUCCACAUACAUGAGUACAAACUGACCGCCUACUCCCUUUACGCCGCUGUGUCUGUGGGCCUGGAGACAAACGACAUCAUUGAGUAUCUUCGCCGACUCAGCAAAACGUCACUCCCUAACGGAAUCAUAGAGUUUAUAAAGCUGUGCACUCUGAGUUACGGGAAGGUGAAGCUGGUUCUGAAGCACAACAGAUACUUUGUGGAGAGCCAGCACCCGGAUGUCCUGCAGAAGCUGCUGAAGGAUCCCAUCAUCCAGGAGUGUCGCAAGCGGGAUGUAGAGGAAGAAGCCACUGCCGAUGGUUUUAUCAAGGGAGAGGUGUCAGGGAAAUCAGCACUACAGCUAAACAAGCCAGCUGCGUCCGCGGCAGGGUCGUCAUCACAGGCGGAUCAGACACCAGCAGGGGCGGAGGGGGAGAUGGAUACAGAGGAGAACAAGGUGCCGGAUGAUAUAUUUGACUACUAUGACAAGCUGGACAAGGAGGAAGAUGAUGAGGAGGAUAAUGAAAUGAAGACCGUGUCUUUCGAGGUGCUGCAGGAGCGCGUAGAGGAUGUGCAGAAACGAUGUAUAGAGCUUGAGCAUCCUCUCCUGGCAGAAUAUGACUUCAGGAAUGAUACAGUCAACCCAGAUGUGAACAUGGAUCUGAAGCCAUCCACGGUUCUGCGACCCUACCAGGAGAAGAGUCUGCGGAAGAUGUUUGGUAAUGGCAGGGCUCGGUCCGGUGUUAUAGUGCUACCCUGCGGUGCCGGAAAGACUCUGGUCGGGGUGACAGCUGCCUGUACGGUGAGGAAACGCUGCAUAUGUCUGUGUACAUCCGGUGUGUCGGUGGAGCAGUGGAGGUCACAGUUCAAGAUGUGGUCCACAGUAGAUGACAGUCUUAUCUGUAGGUUCACCUCAGAUGCCAAAGAUAAACCAAUGGGCUGUGCCAUCUGUAUCAGCACGUACUCCAUGUUGGCGCACUCCAUGAAGCGGUCGUGGGAGGCGGAGAAGAUGAUGGAGUGGAUGCAGAGCCAGGAGUGGGGCAUCAUGCUGCUGGAUGAGGUACAGACAAUUCCAGCAAAGAUGUUCCGACGGGUACUGACUAUUGUCAACGCCCACUGCAAACUGGGACUGACCGCCACACUGGUCCGUGAGGAUGACAAGAUUGCUGACCUGAACUUCCUUAUUGGCCCCAAGCUGUAUGAGGCUAACUGGAUGGAACUGCAGAAUGCUGGCUAUAUUGCCCGUGUACAGUGUGCUGAAGUGUGGUGCCCAAUGGCCCCAGAAUUCUACAGGGAAUAUCUACAGAUGAAGUCUAUGAAGAAACUGCUGCUGUACUGCAUGAAUCCCAACAAGUUCCGUGCCUGUCAGUUCCUCAUCCGAUACCACGAGAGGAGGAACGACAAGAUCAUCGUGUUUGCUGACAAUGUGUUUUCUCUCAAACAUUACGCUAUCAAACUUAAUAAACCCUACCUAUACGGGCCAACCAGCCAGGGAGAGAGACUGCAGAUUCUCCAGAACUUCGUGCAUAACCCAAAAGUCAACACAAUCUUUGUGUCAAAGGUUGCAGACACUUCAUUUGAUCUGCCAGAGGCGAACGUCCUCAUCCAGAUAUCUGCACAUGGAGGAUCCCGAAGACAAGAAGCUCAGAGAAUGGGCAGAAUUCUGAGGGCAAAGAAAGGUUCAGCAGCGGAGACGUACAACGCCUUCUUCUACACCCUGGUGUCGCAGGACACCAUGGAGAUGCAGUACUCCCUCAAACGUCAGCGUUUCCUCGUCAACCAGGGAUACAGCUACAAGGUCAUCACCAAGCUGGCCGGCAUGGACCAGGAGGAGCUGGCCUACAACACCAAGGAGCAGCAGAUGAGUCUGUUGCAGAAGGUGCUGGCUGCCACAGACCAGGACGCAGAGGAGGAGGGAGGCCCAGACGGUGGCAGACCAGGGGUGUUCCGCAAGGCUGGCAGUAUGAGUUCCAUGUCAGGAGCAGACGACUCGGUGUACAUGGAGUACAAGAGAGGCGGCGGCAGCAUGAAGUCUGCAGCCCUACAUCCACUCUUCAAGAGGUUCAGGAGAUGACCUAGCCCAUCACACCCAGGAUAGCCAGCACAUUGACCAGGAUGACAGAGUUGUUCCAGCUUCAGGCAGAUCCAGGAUUUUGACAUAGGUGUCCACACUGACCCAAGUCAGGAAGUGAACAAAACCAUAUUGGCUGACACACUCGAUCUGUGAAAAUGAAAGAGGGUGUGUGCAUGCCAGCAACCAACUUCUUGAUGCAUCAAUAUUCAGGCAGUCCGGCAUUGUCUGUAGGAGGACAGUACACAUAGCUUUCAUUGGUGGAGAGUUUGUCGGAGGAAUUUGUACAGCAAUGUAAUACAAGAAUGUAUUUGUGAUCCAUGUUGUGUCACAGACAUAUAACAGUUAUGUCUGCAUUGUGUCUGCGAAAGAUUUGCUGUGAAAAUAUUUCGAGUCCAGAGUGGACCUGUACAGAAAUAAAUAUUUUCAUGAAAUGCAA